AAUAGAGGGAGUGUGAGGAAGACGGUGUGUAGUGUAGAGAGAGGGGGAGUAAGAAACACACUCAGUGAACUGUGCAGACACACAGCAGGAAUCUGUGAGGACUUUUAACAGCCGGAGGAGUUCAAGAGGAGCAGAGGAGGCACAAACGGAUACUCGGCUGUAAAAGAUGGAGGUCUACACUGUUACAGUAGCAACUGGUGCGUCUGAGUACUCUGGUACCAACAACUACAUCUAUGUGACUCUGGUGGGAGAGAAAGGGGAGAGUGAGCGCACUCUGCUGGACAACCCUGGACUGGACUUCUGUCGAGGAGCAGUGGACCAGUACAAGGUGACCACUUUGUCCCCUGUAGGCUCAUUGCUACUGGUCAGACUGGAGAAAGAAAGGUACUGGGUGGAAGACAACUGGUUCUGUUGCUAUGUCACAGUGGAGACUCCAGGUGGAGACAAACUGACUUUCCCCUGUUACCGAUGGUUUGUAGGAGAUGUCAAAGUGGAGUUAAGAGAGGGAAAAGCUAAGACACUGAAGGACGACUCCUUACCACAGCUACUUUCACACAGGAAGACAGAGCUACAGCAGAGACGGAACAUUUACCGAUGGAUAACGUGGGCUCCAGGGAUCCCCAGAUGUGUUGACGCUAAAACAGAAGCAGAUUUACCACAAGACGCACGCUUUGAAAAUGAAAAGAGGAGUGACUUUGAACAUUCCUUGCAAUAUGCAUUGCUGGAGUUGUCCCUGAAGAAGUUGGCCAUUACCUUUGGAAAGUCCUGGACUGACCUGGACGAUUUUAAACGGAUCUUCUGGAAGCUCAAAAGUCCAUUAGCUGAGUACUGUAUGGAGCACUGGAGGGAGGACUGGUUCUUUGGCUACCAGUGUUUGAAUGGCUCCAACCCAAGGAUGAUCCAGAAGUGCAAUAAGCUGCCAGAGAACUUCCCUGUGACAUCAGACAUGGUGCAGAGCUCCAUGCCUCCCAGGACCAACCUGGACAAAGAACUCAAGAAGGGUAAUAUCUUCUUGUUAGACUACGCCAUCAUGGAUGGGAUUCCCAGCAACAUCAUCAGGGGUAAACCUCAGUACAUCGCUGCUCCUCUCUGUCUACUCUACCAACAUCCAGAUAAAGGACUCAUACCUAUUGCUAUACAGCUGGAGCAGACUCCGGGCCUGAACACGCCAAUAUUCCUACCCAGAGACCCGUCCCUCAGCUGGCUGCUGGCUAAGAUGUGGGUGCGUCACGCUGAGUUUCAGGUGUUCCAGUUGCUGUCUCACCUGCUCAGGACUCACCUGGUGGUGGAGGUGUUUUGUUUGACUACUCUGAGACAGCUUCCUGCUGUACACCCUAUAUAUAAGCUCCUGGCCCCUCAUCAGCGCUACACCCUUGAGAUCAAUACUAGGGGGCGCACUCAGCUCAUCUCUGCUGAUGGCAUCUUCAAACAGGUUGUGUCUACAGGUGGUGAAGGCUUGUUGAUUCUGGCUCAGAGAGAGUACAAGGUGCUGACCUACCGCUCCCUUCAGCCCGGCCAUGACUUUAGUGACAGAGGAGUGUCCCAGCUUCCAAACUAUUUCUACAGAGAUUACAGUCUGAUGCUGUGGGAUGCCAUACACGGUUUUGUCUCAGGUAUGGUUAACCUCUACUACCAGUCAGAUAAGGAGGUGGAGCAGGACCUGGAGCUCCAAGCCUGGUUUAGAGAGCUGUCACAGGAAGGCUUCACUGAGCUCCCCAGCUUUGGUUUGCCCAGUCAUCUCAGUAGCAGAGAGGUGCUGUCUACUAUGCUGGCAGUGGCCAUCUUCACCAGCUCAGUCCAGCAUGCUGCCACAAACAAUGGACAGUUUGAUUGGUGCGCGUGGGUCCCCAACACGCCCUGCACCAUGAGACAUCCGCCGCCAACAGACAAGGAUGCUGUUACCAUGGAGAUGAUCAUGGAAACACUUCCUGAUGUCAGACAGUCCUGUUUGCAGAUGGCUAUCUCGUGGCACCUGGGGCGUGUACAACCAGAUGCUAUUCCUUUGGGCCAAUACAAAGAGGAGCACUUUACUGAGGCACAGGCCGUGGAGCUGAUCGACAGCUUCAGAGCAGAGCUUGUGAAAAUUGAACAGCAAAUCCUCAGUGAGAAUGAAGGAGUGGAACUGCCGUACCUCUUCCUCCUGCCCAGCCGUAUAGAAAACAGCAUCACUAUUUAGAGGAACCCACGGGAUGCAACAUUCAGGAGCUGAUGUUACUUUGACAGUCUUUAAUGUAAAGACAAGAUAAACAAAUGUGAUACCAAGUGGUGAAGUGAGAAAGAUGAAAGUUUGAUUUUGAUGGAUGCUAAUUGUAAAAAUAACAAGAAUAAGGUCAUAAUAUAAUUUCAUUCUGAAGUCAUCUGUUUCGUGAUGGAGGUUUGUUGCUCUUUGUGAAAACAGAUUAGCUAUGUCCCAAUACUCAAGGCUGCAUCCUCCAAGUGGUUUGGAGGAGACAGAAGUCAGAUGCUGUGAGAAGUGAGACGAUCAAGCCCACAAAACUCACCAAUUCUCAUUCUUCUUCUCCCAGGCUGUACAAUGAGAGGUUAAAUGUCCUGAAUCACAGUUCUUUUUGCCCCUUUAGAAGCCUGAUUACUGGUUUGACCCUUAAUCAGCUAGAACAUCCUAAAAAAAUCAUCAGCUAAAUACAAUUACCACAAAAAGUAAGGACAUUUGUGUUUGUUGUAACAAGGCUUCUUGGAAAUAAAUCUUAUACUGUUGGAAUUUCCCUUCUAAAUUGUGCCACUUUUGUGGGGAGUUGAGUAUGUGGGUUGCGGCCAUGAGAAACUUGCCAAAACUUCUCUGCCAAUGCACAGCUUAUUCUCCUAUUGCCUCUUGUUUGGUGUUGUUUAUUGGAUUGGACGACUGAAGUCUGAAGAAACAAGACACACAACAGCCUGGCACCUCCUCCUCAUGCUGGUCACCAGCUUGGUCUUCAACGGGCAUUGGCUGAUUUCCUUACUCUUUGUGCUAAGUUUAUAUAAACAUAUCAGAUGUAAAAUAAAUAUAUCAAAAACA